AUGGGCUUUCAGCGCGCCAAAGAAGAUCGUCCUACGCCGUCAGAGGUCUACAAUUGGAGAAUCUAUGCCUUUGCGAUCAUUGUGUCCUUUGGAGUCCUUGCAUAUGGAUAUGACUCGUCAUUUAUCGGAACGACGAUUGCGCAGCCUGCGUUCAAGCGCGACUUUGGGAUGCUCAAUAUGAGCAAAGCAGAACAGGAUGCUGUUAGCAGUAAUUUGACCAGUAUUUACUCGGCCGGAGGCUUCUUCGGAGCGCUCUUCAUGUUUUUUGCCCUUGAGCUGCUAGGCAGAUGGUGGACGAUCGUCAUCUCGAACGGCAUAUUCACCGUCGGCGCAGUUCUCUGUACAGUUCCAACAACUCAACUUGGCCUGGUAUAUGCUGGGAGACUUCUCACCGGGCUCGGUGUUGGAGGCAUCGCGGCCGUGUGUCCCAUAUAUGUCGCCGAAUUAUCACCACCCGCAAUUCGAGGCCGGCUCACUGGAUUCUUCGAGUCAGCGUAUCAAAUCGGCGCCGUCAUUGGCUUCUGGGUUAAUUACGGAAUCGUCCAUACCAUCGGUACGGAGUCGUCCACAGCUUGGCGCAUACCGAUGGGUGUACAGCUCGUGCCGGCUGGGAUGCUCGCCAUCGGAAUACCCUUCCUCAGAGAAUCUCCAGUGUGGUUGAUCAAGCAGGGCAGAGUAGAGGAUGCCAGAAAGGCGUACAGCUACUUCAGAUGCUUACCUGCCGAUCAUGUCUACAUCACGGAAGACAUCGAUUUUGUCCAUGCUGAGCUUGAGAACCAGCGAGGCGCGAACAAGAGCUUUACCAACUUCCUCAGCGAUGCCGCAAGAGAGGCUAUCAGCAAGGGCAUCUGGAAUCGCUUCGUGCUUGUCUUUGUCAUGUUCAUGUGGCAAGGCUGGUCAGGCGCUGCGGCUAUCAAUUACUAUUCGCCUACCGUCUUCAGCAGCAUCGGACUCACCGACACAACUCUCUGGACUGGAGUGUACGGUCUGAUCAAGGCUGGAGGGUCAAUCAUUUUCUUCACCUUCUUCAUUGACAGUGUCGGUCGCCAAAAGCCAUGGAUCGUGUCCUGUCUCGCUUGCGCCGCAUGUCAAUAUUACCUGGCAGGCUACAUCGCCGUCGGUAAACCACAAGCUGGAGCGACUGAUCUCAGUGCAAGCACAAUCGCUGGAGGCAAAGCUGCCACAGCUGCCAUUAUGAUUUUUGGUGCGACCUGGUCUUUUGGUGCAAACGGUCUGCCAUGGAUCAUAUCGGCCGAGAUCUUUCCUGCUUCUCUCAGGAGUAUCAGUGGACCAUGGGCGGGAAUGAGUGUUUGGCUUUGGACGUUCGUCGUCACGAAAGCACUGCCCAGCAUGUAUACAAGCAUGGGAUAUGGAGUGUACAUUUUCUUUGCAUCGAUGCUGGUCUUGUCCUCUAUCUACGCUGUGUUCUUCAUCCACGAGACGAAGGGGCUGAGGCCCGACCAGAUGGAUGCCUUGUUCGGUAGAGCCAGCGAUGCGCGACCUUCUGGGCCACGCGAUGAUGCGUCCACGCACACCAAAGAGGAUCAGGGCAAGCAGUUUACCACGCGAGUGGAGGUUGUGUAGUUGCACGCAUCGAGAUUCAGGCAGGAAGGUGCUUGUAGCCGUGAUCAGAACUGACUGGUCCGCUCAAAUUCAGAUGGAGUUCCGAGCAAAAGGCUUCUUGCUGCACAACCCCAUCGCCCAAGAGUCACUCUCGCUCGUCGUCGUCAAUACUGAGCGUUGUAGCACGCAUUCGUUGCGUAGACGGGCUCGAUUCUUGGCCCCGGAGCCCGAAACUGAUUUUCCGACAGCGUAGUGCGAGGCC